AUGGGUAUAAAGGAUGACCGGUUUGAAGGCUGUAGCGGUUGUGUUUACUCAGUGGCCUUCUCGCACGACUCGACCCGGCUAGCGUCAAGGUCUAGUAACAAGGCUAUCAAGAUCUGGGAUGCGAGCAGUAGGAUGUGUGUGCACACGCUCGAGGGUUAUAGCAAUAAUGUUAGGUAG